UAUCGUUAUUAGAGCCUCUGUAUGUGUGGUGGAUAGUCAAAUUUGAUACAUUUUGAGCCCAAAACAUGAAUGUUUGUUCUACUAGUGCGGCGAUGUAACACAACUAUCUUGGGAAUUCAAGCUAUCGUGACUCGAAGUAUACGCGUAUCUCAUUCGCCGUAUAACAGUUACCCCUUCCUUUCGACACACACACACAGCCAAAUUUGCACACCGAAAGUGAGGAAGGGCUUGGGGUUCAAACCGCUUUAUCCAACACGCUCUUAUCAUCGCUCUAUCGUCCAAAACAGUCACCCUUUAAUUGCACUGAGCAACGGUCAUCGGCAACAAAGGGAGGGGAGGUUGUUCAACGCCAAAUACGUGAGCUCAACACAGUCGUUUGGGAAGGCCGCCAUCGCCGCCGCCGCCAGUUAUUAGCAAGAUGUUGUUCGUGUCGGUUUGCCGUUCGGGCCUGCUCGUUGUGCUGCUGUGCUUUGCCGCAGCUACCAGUGCGAUCACGGUGCGCAUUCAGGGCCUCGGUGAGGUAGUGGGGUCGGAAACGGUUACCGCCCGUACCCAGCAGCGCGUCCAUCAGUUCUUCAACAUACCGUAUGCGGAGGCACCGACCGGGGCGCGACGCUUCCGUGCGCCGGUCCCGAUCGCACCGUGGACUGCCGCGAAGGAUGUGUCACUGCCGGGCCGUCCUUGUCCCCAGCCAGGCAUUACCGAUCAGUUGCCACCGGGCGACAUAACACCCGCCAUCGAGGACUGCCUCUCGCUAUCGGUCUACACGAAAAAUGUUACGGCGAACCAUCCCGUCAUGGUGUACAUCCACGGUGGCUCGUUCUAUCUCGGCAAGACGGCCGAUCAUCCGCCCAACUAUCUGCUCGAACGGGACGUCACGCUGGUUGCCGUGCAGUAUCGACUCGGUGCUCUCGGCUUUCUCUCCACGCUGUCCUCCACCAUUCCGGGCAAUGCGGGCAUGCUCGAUGUAGUGCUCGCCCUAAAAUGGGUACAAGACCACAUCGCUGAUUUUGGUGGAGAUGCGCGGCGUGUUACCGUGUUCGGACAGUCAGCUGGAGCGGCCGCUGUUAGUUCACUGCUGUACAGCCCGGUCGUACCGUCGUCCUACUUCGGGCAGGUCAUCUUGCAGUCGGGCGGCUCGACCAGUUCCUGGGCGAUCGACCCGAACCCGGUGGAGAAUGCGAAAGAGAUUGCCAGAUUCGCUGGAUGUGACGUAUUGCGCCCGCUCGAGGAUGUGGAACAGUGUCUGCAGGAGUUGUCGGUACUGAGUUUGCUCAGGGCGCUCGACUUGCAUUCGCAAGAUCGCAUGAGGAACCAGGGCGUCAACAAUAUCGGUGGCUGCGGUAUGGUGGUUGGCGGUCCGUCCGGCUUUCUCCCCGCUGAUCCUAUCCACGUGAUGCGCUCGGGACAGGUGCGCAAGGACGUGCGCGUGAUGGCGGGCGCUACCAAGCACGACGGUACGUUCAUGGUGACCGGGCUGUACGAUAUACUGGCAGCAAUGGAACUGAUCAACAGCAAGCAGUCCAACCAGUACGAUCUGAUCGAUACGGCGAACCGUAUGUUCGGCAUCGACGAGCAUUCCGGCGCAUUGGCAGGGUACGAGAUCGAGUCCCUGUUCACCGAGCAGCAGCUCGAGAGUGGCAACUUCACACAGCUUAUGGCGGGUGUGAUCGAUAUUGCGGGCACUAUCGUCAUCAAGGCACCCGUUUUGCGAGAUGUGCAAAAUAAUGCGCGAUACAGCGAGAAGGAAACGUAUCUUUAUUCGUUCGACUAUCAGGGUGAACAUACGCGCUACGGGUAUGGGGCCAACACGUCGCACUAUCCGUUCCUGGGUGGGGCACAUCAUUCGGAUGAUAAUAUUUACCUGUUCCCUUACCCCGAGCACGUCACCCGGCUCAAUACAGCCGAUACGCUGAUGUCAGAAAUUAUGGUAGAUCUUUGGACGUCGUUCGCUAUCGAUGGCGUCCCGAAGUCUUCCAGGGGUGUGCCGGCGUGGCCUAAAGUUAAUGGUCCUACUGGUCCGUAUCUGCACAUCAACAACCCGUUCAGCAUUGGAACCAACUAUUACGAUGAAUAUGCGGUCAGUGUUCACGACCGAUCGGCAGCUAACCUUAUAAGAACAACAUCAGCUAGCGUGAUAACCAUGCUUUCACUGGUUCUAGUCAUACUUUCAUUUUGUCGAGUGUAAAUUACAAUAUGAAAGAGUUGAAAUUCAACAAA